AGGCGUUCUUGAAAUUUUCUGUCCCAGGGUUGAGCUCAGCUGCCAGGAUUACGAGCAAGUGACUUACAACAUGGCAACAAAGGAAGCACUUGCCAGAACAUUGGAGCGUAUAAAUGCCGACCCAGGGGCUCCAAGAGCCGAUUCAACGGAAGCUUACUGGCAGAAACCGCCCCAUGCAUUGGAGAAUGUACAGUCAGAACACCUACCGGGCUUUACUGACAUUGUCAUAAUUGGAUCAGGUAUCGCCGGCUGCUCUGUAGCCAAAGAACUCCUAGCUCUUGACUCAAACAUUAAAAUCAUGUUACUGGAAGCUAGAACUAUCACCUCUGGAGCAACAGGUCGGAAUGGGGGUCAUAUCGCCACUCAUCCGGCAAUCGAUUACUCUGAGUUGGUAGAUCACGUUGGGAAAGAUGAAGCGAAGAAGAUCUGUCAAUUCAGAUUGGCACACUAUGAUAUGAUCUACGAUGAUCUGAAAAACAUUGGAGAUGAGUUAUUGGGACCCAGUGAAAUCAGGAGGGUCGUGGCUGUUUGUGGGCUAUUGGACGAAGCGAAAGUGGAGAGUAUGAAAGGCACGAAAGAAAGGCUCGAGACAGAUUGGCCGGAGAUCAAAGGACGUAUAAAGAUUUAUGAGAAGAAGGAUUCCGGAUUCGAGGAAUUCAAAAUGUCUGGUGUUGCAGGAGUAGCAGUGGAGCUAUCAGGAGCAGUUUGGCCAUACCGGAUGAUCACCUCAAUAUUCGAUCAUCUACUGUCAAACUACCCCGAUCGCUUCACCAUCGAGACUCAAACGCCAGCAACAGCAGUCACGCCGCUCACCAACUCUGGUGAUUACAAGUACGAAGUUAUGACCGCACGUGGACCAAUAAAAACGAAACAAGUAGCGUACUGUACGAACGGAUACACGGGCCACAUUCUUCCUAAACUACGGGGAAAGCUGUUCCCAGUUCGAGGCCACAUGAGCGUGCAACGUCCAGGCCAACUGUUUCCUCGUCUAGGAAACGAGAGAUCCUGGAGUGUGUUAUGGGAUACUGUGGGAUUGGACUACAUCACCCAGAAUGGCAAGACUGGAGAGCUCUUCUAUGGUGGUGGUUUAGUCCGAGGGAAAGAUGACGGACUUGACUCGAUUGGAAAUCCUAGAGAUGAUGAGGAAGAUGUGCACAAUAAGAUUCAUCUCGCGGGUGCGUUGCCGGUGUUCUUCGGAAAGGAGAACUGGGGAAAAGAUAGUGAGGAUGGCCCCAGGAUGAAGAGUACUUGGACGGGAGUGAUGGGAUUUACAGCAGAUGGACUACCGUUGGUGGGGAAGCUGCCUGGUUCUAUCACUGAGAGGAAUGGAGAUGGAGAAUGGAUUGCGGCGGGGUUUAAUGGGUAUGGGAUGCCUAAUAGUUGGGGUUGUGGGAAAGCACUCGCGAGGUUGAUGUUGGGGAAGGAUGUUGGUAAUGAGUUUCCGGAAAGUUAUUUCAUCAACGAGGAGAGGUUUGGUCAGAUGAAUGGCGAGAAAGGCGUGAAGGCUAUGUUUGGUAUCUAAGUCUAGAUAAAACUUUAGCUCUAUUGUUGAACGACUCGAAGC